AUGGCUCUUAUGGAAGCUAAGGUCAAGAGCGUGCUCUCUGGCGACACGCUCGUUCUACACAACAUCAAGAAUCCUUCUCAAGAACGCACCCUGAGCUUGGCUUUCGUCAGUGCUCCUAGGAUACGCAGAGAGGGCGACGAGCCUGGUGCUUUCGAGUCCAGAGACUUUGUCCGCAAGCUCUGCGUCGGCAAGGUUGUCCGAUUCAGCGUUCUCUACAGCAUUCCCACGCCUUCACCUCGCGACUACGGUGUCAUCAUCCUACAAAGUGGCCAGCACUUGCUCGACCUCGUUGUACGUGAGGGUCUGGUCAAGCUGAGAGACGACGCCGGUAAAAAGGAGGACACACCACAGGGUACCGAGUUGCUCGAGAGAUUGCAGGCCCUCGAGAGCCACGCCAAGGUCGACGAGAAGGGCCUCUGGAACCCCGACCAACAACGCAUCGACAAUGUUCACGACCUUUCAGACCCGAGGGCCUUCGCCGAGGCUUACAAGGGCCAGCCCAUUGACGCCAUUGUUGAACGUGUCCUCAGUGCAGACCGUCUCAUCUGUCGUCUGUUGGUGCAGCCCACAAAGCACACCCAGACCAUUGUCUUGCUUGCCGGUGUCCGCGCCCCUGCCACCAGAAGAAUCAACCCAUCGGAUCAAUCAGAGCAACCUGCUGAGCCUUUCGGCACCGAAGCACACCAUUUCGUCGAGGAGAGACUUCUGCAGCGUGGUGUUCAGGUCCGUGUCCUUGGUGUUUCUCCCAAUAACCUUCUCGUUGGAGAAGUCAGACAUCCUAUGGGUAGCAUCGCUGAAUUUCUCCUCAAAGCUGGUCUCGCUCGCUGCACCGACCACCACUCGACAUGGCUUGGUUCGGAAAUGGCCAAGCUGAGACAGGCCGAACGCCAUGCCCGGGAUAACAAGCUGGGUCUGUUCGAGGGUCACGUCUCACAAAGAUCGGCCGGUACAGGUCAAAUCGAAGCCACCGUCAGCCGCGUCUUCUCUGCCGAUACCCUCUUCCUCCGUAACAAGGCUGGAGCUGAGAAGCGUGUUAACCUCAGCAGUGUUCGUCAACCCAAGCCCUCAGACCCCAAGCAAUCGCCUUUUGGUGCCGAGGCCAAGGAGUUCCUGCGCAAGCGUCUGAUCGGAAAGCACGUCAAGGUCACCAUCGACGGCAAGCGACCGGCCACUGAGGGCUUCGAUGAGCGCGAGAUGGCCACUGUCACUCUCAACGACGAGAACGUGGGUCUGAUGCUCGUUGAGCAGGGAUACGCCUCGGUCAUCAGACAUCGCAUGGACGACACCGAUCGCUCGCCUAUCUACGACGACCUUCUUGCCGCUGAGGAGGCUGCACAGAGCGCUGGCAAGGGCAUGUGGAACCCCAAGCCNCCCAAGAAGACUGAAUACGUCGACUACAGCGCUUCCGUUGAUCAGGCCAAGCGUCAACUCACUCUCUUGUCCCGCCAAAGAAAGGUUCCCGCUGUCGUUGACUUCGUCAAGAGUGGAAGUAGAUUCACCGUCUUGGUUCCUCGUGAGAACGCCAAGCUCACCUUUGUCCUGUCCGGUAUCAGUGCUCCUCGCUCGGCUCGCAACCCCAGCGAGAAGGGCGAGCCUUUCGGUCAAGAGGCACACGAAUUCGCAAACCGCAGAUGUCAGCAACGCGACGUCGAGAUCGACGUUGAGGGCACUGACAAGGUCGGAGGCUUCAUUGGUCAACUUUACAUCAACCGUGAGAGCUUCGCUAAGCUGCUCGUCGAGGAGGGUCUUGCUUCGGUCCACGCCUAUAGUGCAGAGAAGUCUGGCAACGCAAACGAGCUCUUCGCUGCCGAGCAAAGGGCAAAGGAGGCCAGACGCGGCAUGUGGCACGACUGGGACCCCUCGAAGGAGGUUGCUGAGGAGGGCGAGGAGUACGACGCUUCUGCUGGUGCUGCCGGCCUCAACAAUGGCGAUGCUCCUGCCGAGCGUCGCAAGGACUACCGCGAUGUCGUCCAGCNUUUGACCGACCUCAUGAACUCGUUCCGCUCCUUCCACAUCUCCUCCUCUGCCAACAAGCCCCUCGACCAAGCCCCCAAGGCCGGCGACUUUGUGUCUGCCAGAUUCAGCGAAGACAACGAAUGGUACCGCGCCCGCAUCCGCCGCAACGACCGCGAAAACAAGACCUCCGAGGUCGUCUACAUCGACUACGGCAACAGCGAAACGAUCCCGUGGUCGCGCCUGCGCACUCUCGACCCCACCCGCUUUGGCGUGCAAAAGCUGCGUGCCCAAGCCCUCGACGCCGUCUUCUCCUUCCUCCAGUUCCCCACCGCCCCUGAAUACCUCCGCGAAGCCGUCAACAUCAUCAGCGACUCGACUGCUGACCGCCAAUUGGUUGCUAAUGUGGAUUACAUUGACCCUCGCGAGGGCACGCUGCACGUCACGCUAUUCGAUCCUAAGCAGAGCGACAGCUUGAACGAGAGCGUCAAUGCCGAUAUCAUUUCUGAAGGUCUUGCCAUGGUGCCCAAGAAGCUCAAGGCUUGGGAGAGGGCUGCCGGAGAUGUGAUUGCUGAUCUCCAGGCUCGUGAGAACGAGGCCAAGGGUGAUAGACGUGGUCAGUGGGAGUAUGGUGAUUUGACUGAGGAUUAG